GUCAAAUUUUCGACCACUGGUGAAGGCGAUCAGAAAGAAAGGAAGUUGAAGGAGGCGUUGGUGCGUUGGUGGGGCGCAAUCAAUCGUUCGUCCAUUUGAGAGUAUUCUGCAACAGUUCCCCGUUCUCUGACGAGGGCAAACGAGAGGGGCAGACAUUGUGGAAUUGCUUGCUGUAUCACUCGCUUCUGUUGCUGUCGCUUGUAGGUUGUGACGUGGCCGGAGCGAGUUGGAGAUCUCUGUGCAAUCGAAGGGCACCACAGAGCAAAACUCAAGCCGCUGUCUUGACUUCGAUUGUGAACCUCGAUGGUGAGGUCUUGAGGAGGAUCUGAGUGACGGAUCUUGAAGCAAACAGAAGCUGCAAAGAAGCCGAAUCAAAUCCGAGAACACAGAGGCCAGUGCAGCAGCAUGGGGUUCUUCAUCACCACCGUCAUAUUUCUGCUUGCGGGGUUCGUCGGCAUCGGCCUCUUCCGGGUUCUUUACAACAAGGGCCCGGAGACAAAUCUGUUACACUACACCUGGGUGAUCACUGCUACAAUCUGUUGCUGGCUCACGUGGGCUAUCGUUUACAUGGCGCAGAUGCACCCUUUAGUUGUCCCUAUACUUAAAGCAGAGGGAGAAUGAGAACGUAAAGGAACAAUCGUUUGAGUUGACAGCUCUUUGUACAUCUAAAGCGAAGUAAAUAUGCAAGCAACGUCUUCCCAUAGAAUCUAUGGAAGAGGCCUUUGAGCAGGUUUUAUACAGGACAUCUGCAAGACAAAGUAUUCAUCCUUUAGCGAUGGACGAAGCUGGCACAAGUUAUCAUAGCAUCGCUCGUUGUUUCCUUCAUGAUCUGCAGUGUAACUGAUCCUUGACCCUGCGGCAGGUUUCAAAUGAACUGACUAUAUAACUGUGCAUCUGAUUGCAAUGAUAUCCUUUGCCGAGGUGUAUGCAGGC